AUGGCGUCGAUCACCAACUCUUUGGUCCCCGCUCAACGCCUCGUGGCGCCCACGCAAAUGCCGAUUAUCCCAGAAACGAUGGCCCCUAUCAUCAUCACUGGCGAGCCGGUCACGCAGGCUUAUGAAGACACGACCCUUUUGGUAGAUUCGACACCAUAUACUCCGCGCACGGUGGCCCAAUGGCCUACUAAGACAAUCAACGGGUCGACACCGACCCAUGUCGAGAUCUCAACUGAAUAUCAGAGUUUGGAUUCGGCUUCCCCAGGAGCGUACGCCACCGAUACCAAGCCCCCAAUGCCCACCAUCUUCCGCUAUGAGUUUAUCCUCCACAAGGCCGAGACGUCACAGAAGGAAGACUACCCAUCUGAGGAAGAGGACAGCAUCCAACUCCGCAACAGGCUCGCCGCUACUAAGUGUCGACGCAAGAAUCAGCACGAAGCUGAUAGUCUCGAGGUUCUUGCACGGGAGCUUGAGCCCAAGAACCGCUACUACCUGAUCCAGACCAAGACCGAGAGGCGUGAUGACGUGCACUACCUUAAGAACGAGAUACUUCACCGCUCCGAGUGUGAUUCAGACCUUAUCCAGGAUUAUCUCCUCGACGAAGCUGAAUAUGAAGCGAAGAGUGGCACCACCAAGACCAUUCCCAAGCGCACCGGCACUGGUAAGAUGCCGCGAACUCUGAAGAUUGCCUAG